CCGCCCCAGAGAAAGCCAGUCGGAGUUGGAUCAGAGAUAAGACUUGUCUUCGACCAGCCGUUUCUAGACGCAUCCGUACAGGAGCCGGCAGUACAGCAGCUAACCCGCUCUUCCAUUUAAACAAGGACACUUUUUUGAUUAUUUAUUUAUUUAUUCAACCUGUCGUUCAGGUGGACUCUGGAUAGUCUGGCCGGUCGAGGCUGCCUCCCCUCACCUCACCCUUUCUACCGUGUAAAAAAGGAACUAAGCCAUGCACCCUCCCCCGUCGCUCCUCUCCCUCCUCCUCUUCCUCCACCUCCACCUCUCCCUGUACCCCAGUGCAUGCUGGUCCUCCAGGAUCAUCGUUGUCCCUCCCAUCAUGUUUGAGUCUCACCUCUACAUCUUCAAGACGCUGGCUACAGAACUACACCUCCAGGGACAUGAUACUUCCUUACUGCUGUCAGAAGGGCGACAGGUGCCCCCCUCCCCCCACUACACCUUCCAGCGUUACCCAGGCAUCUUCAACACCUCCACAGCCGACAGCUUCCUCCAAUCAAAAGUCAGCAAUAUCUUCUCCGGUCGUCUCACAGCGUUGGAACUCUUCGACAUUCUAGAUCACUACGCCCAGAACUGCGACGCCGUGGUGGGAAACAAAGAGGUCAUGACCCAACUCAAGGACGCCGACUUUGACCUUUUACUGGUCGACCCCAACGAGAUGUGUGGGUUCGUGAUCGCUCACAUCCUCGGCGUUCCCUACGCCGUCUUUUCCACGGGCCUGUGGUACCCGGCGGAGGUCGGCGCUCCCGCCCCUCUCUCGUACGUCCCAGAGUUCAACUCUCUCCUCACCGAUCGGAUGUCUCUAGUCCAGAGGAUUGUCAACACGGCGGUGUACCUGGUGUCCCGGUUCGGCGUUCAGUACCUGGUGUUACCGAAGUACGAGCGCAUCAUGAGGAAGCACGGCGUUGAGCCGCGGGUGGCCAUGCAGGACCUGGUUCAGGGGAGCAGGUUGUGGAUGUUGUCUACUGAUCUGGCCCUGGAGUUUCCCAGGCCCACUUUACCACAUGUUGUCUAUGUAGGAGGGAUACUGACCAAACCUGCCAGCCCAUUACCUCAGGACUAUGAAUCGUGGGUAAAUGACACGGCGGAGCACGGGUUCGUGGUGGUAUCGUUUGGCGCCGGGGUCAAAUACCUCUCAGAGGACAUCACUCACAAACUGGCUGGAGCCCUGGGCAGGCUGCCCCAACGCGUGGUCUGGAGAUACUGCAAUGGCCCCAACACCUUCCCUUCUAUCUCCAGAUACUGCAAUGGCCCCAACACCUUCCGUUCUAUCUCCAGAUACUGCAAUGGCCCCAACACCUUCCCUUCUAUCUCCAGAUACUGCAAUGGCCCCAACACCUUCCCUUCUAUCUCCAGUGUUAACAGGUUGAAUUAUAUACUGCAAUGGAUGUGGUGGUUAAUUUCUGUAUUAUCAAAUGAGGAGAGACAAACGUAUCACACAAGUUUUAAGAGUUUAUGCUUAAACAGAAUCUUUAUUAGUCAGAGCUCUCAGUCUUCCCUGUGGCUCAGUUG